AUGGAGGGUGGACGAACAGGGAAAAGGAAGAGCGAAGGGUUCACUGACGUAUACCCUGAGACUGUCAGCUCCACAGCUGGUGAGUUUGGGGAAGCUUUGGUCUACAGACAUGAGGAGGGGCACAGGGAGGCCAUCUAGACCAAAGAGGGUUCAGAUGCUACUGAACAUUUGGGCGGAGGAAAAGCUGCAUGUGAGGGGUUGUGCAGAGGGGGACUUGGGAGCCAGUACAUCAGUGAGGUGCUUCCAGCUCUGAGCAGGACUUGAAAACUGUGUGGAAAGAAGUCUACAAAAGCCUUUAGGAAACAUUUGCAAGGCUUCCUUUUUAGAGCUUUUUAUUAGAACCAAAAACCAGGGUCAAGCAGGUCUGGGGUGAUCUUUGUUUCUGUACGUUGUUUCUGUAUUAAAUGGGAAAUGAUAUUUUUGUGGUAUUUCUUCUUCUUACACCAUUGUUGAGCUUUGGAGGAGAGACGGACAAUGAGAUGGGAAUAUUCCAGGGCGGUGUGUCUCUAGCUCUUCUCCUGAUGACCUAUUUAUUGAGCAUCUAUCCUUAUUUGCUAGCACAAAGCUUAUGUGUUAGAUUAUAUCCAGUCUCUAUUGAGAAUUCAUUAUUUGUAAGCAGGUUACACAGCAAUGAGCAUUCAUCCUGAUUUGCUUGCAAAGUUUUUAUAUAUCUUCCCAUUCAUCAUUUGUACAUUCCACACUUAUCAGUGCAUCUCCCUGUCUCUUUCCUAAUCACAGAAAGUCCAUCUCUUUCUUUAUUAUAUUUAUAUGCCCCCUAUUCCUCCAAGGAGCUCAAUGUGCUUUUCAGAGUUCUCCUACUCCCAGUUUUCUCCUCUCAACAACCCUGCAAAGUAGGUUAGGCUGAGGGACAGUGACUGGCCUAAGAUCAGCCAGUGAGCUUGUGACUGAGUAGGGAUGUGAACCCUGGUAUUCUGGGUCCUAGUCCAACAGGUACACUACAUUGGCUUUAUUAAAGUGGUUGUUGUGCUAGAAUGGAGCACUUUAAUCACUUUUAAUUGUAAACCUAAAUUUCCCAGUGUAUGCUUGAACCCCUUCCACAGAAUACUGACAGUCUGGAGACACUUUGAGGUUGGGGUUUGGUAGGACAGAAUAUCAGGAGAGCAUAUUUGAAUACUGUCUGUGGCUUUCAGAACCAUCUUCUGUGCUCAUCACAACACUAAUCACAAACUUAAUUCUGAUCCGAGACCAAAUUCCAUGAAACCACCAGCAGAUGGUGCCUCCUGGCCUUUUUGCAACCCCAAAUCAAUCCCAAAUUUGUGAUGGAAGCGGAAAGCAAUGUAACUGUGGUUGCAUGCACACUAUACAUUUCAAAGCACAUGACUCCUUUAAAAGGAAUCCUGGGAACUGUAGUUUGUUAAGGGUGCUGGGAACCAUAGUUCGGUGAGAGGUAAGCUACAGUUCUCAAGAUGUUUUGAGGAAAGUCAUGUGCUUUAAAUGUAUGGUGCAUGUGCAGUUUCCUGGAAGGGGCAACCCUUCCAUGCAUAGUCAAGGAACCAUCUGUCCUAGUUCCAGAUCUUGUUCAGUGUGAUUUUAGCCAGGAGGUCUUUUAGGAGGGGAAGAGUUGCCAUAGUCUCCACAAAAGCAGGAAACUUGUCCCAAGGAAAGAGCAAACUCAUUUUCCACAUGACAGCCUCUAAGGAGCUGGAGGAGAUUGCUGAGUAGCAGGAGACUGAAAUAGGCUGGAGGGGGGCUUGUAAUCCCUUGGGGGCAGCCUCUCCCGAAAAACACUCGGAUGCAAAGACAUUAAUGAGAAAGCUGUUUGGGCUCAGAUCCCUGGGGGCUCAAGUUCCUCUAUGCUGGGGUCCCAAAUUAAUUAGCUUUUCAGGUGAGCCUAUUGUGCUCCCCUCACUCUCACGAUCUCAGGUUCUCCCAGGGAGUGGGGGCUGGAGAAUCAUGUUCCCCCCAGUUAAUCCUAGGGAUUGCAGGAAGGAAUUGGGGAAAGGGUGCGGGAAAAUAUUGUUACCGUUCCGGCACUUCAUUAUCAGUACAAGGGGUAAAGGUUCACAACACCUGAUGCAGCCAGGUGCGGCUUCUGAAAAAUUAUUUGAAACGCUCACAGAACUUACAAAGCAGGAGACCCUUUUUGAAGAAGAGACAGUUGCGACACAGCUUUUUGCAGCUAGCUGAAGCAAUAUCCAAGUGCGUCUAAGAAAUAUAAGGUCUGCUUGCUGGCACCCACCAGGAUCACAUACCAGGGUUGGCUCAAGCUACAGUAUUCUGCUGUCCUGAGCCAAAAAUAACAAUUUUAAAAAAUCAUUCUUACAGGGUGGGAAGUGUGGGGAGCCCACACAAUAUGCAGGAGGAAGAGGGAUCUCUUUCAAGGGUCGUUCCAUUUCUAGCUCCUUUCAUAGAAUCAUAGAAUUGUAGAGUUGGAAGGGAUCCUGAGGGUAAUCUAGUCCAACGCCCUGCAAUGCAGGAAUAUGCAGGUGGCCCGUAUGGGGAUUAAACCCGUGACCUUGAUGUUAUCAGCACCACACUCUAACCAGCUGGGCAGGAGUAUGUAAGGUCCAAACUACACGGGGCUGGCAAACAUGCAUAAAUGGAACUCCCAAGAGCCUUCCCAAAAGGCAAAGCAGCUUUGGGAGGGAAUAAUCUAGAGCAAAGAAGCAAGACCAAACAGACCCCACAGCAACAGAGUUCUUGUUGUAGCAAUGUCACAUUAAGAGGAGUGCUUCGAGAUGUAGGCAGAGGGGAAAGUGGAGGUGAGGGUGGGGUAAAGGAGUAGGAGUCCAAAAGUGCUCAGUCCUGAGGGGCACUGGCAAAGUUUUGGAUAAAGGUGACUUGUAGGUCAAGACAGAGAAAUGCCAGUGGAUCCUCUUCUUGCCUUCCAGAUGUGGAAGUUCCCCUCUGUAAGAAGUUCCCCCAUGUACCAGAACCGGCAGGGGUCUCUCCGGCUGCACCUUCCUCCCUUCACACAGCUGCCGCCCCUAUCAGGAGACGUCACCGGACUACCUUCAGCCAGGACCAGCUAGAUCACCUGGAGGCAACAUUUGCAAAAAACCAUUACCCUGAUAUUUACUGCCGAGAGGAGCUGGCCAGGGCUAUCAAACUCAAUGAGGCUCGCAUCCAGGUACCUGCUCAGUACUUAAUGGCCCCAAGAACAUAUGGACACUGCCAUAUUGGACGUGUUAAAAGCAGCCUGCAAGGGGCCUUUUGGAAACUGGGUCUCCAAGGCACUUACGUGCUGUGCCUUUCUACAACCAUGGGACAAAGAAAGUGUGCUUUUUAAAGUCACAUUUAGAACUAUUUUUCCCCUUUGGUGCUUUUCAUUCUAUGUUUUCCUAAUAGUGAGGCAGUAUUUUACUAACUGCAUUAAUGGGUGUAUGGACUUGAAGCUCUCCGUUUAUGUAAACUUAAACAGUUGUGUUACAUGUAUUUCUUUAUAAAAAUAUUUAUAGACCACUAAUUCAUAUAAAAAAAUCAGAGUGCUUCACGACAAUUGUACAUAAAAAUACAUACAACAAAACCCAUAGAAAAUAGUUAAAAUCAGAAACCAAGUAACAAUUGUGGAAAGGCGCAUUCUUAAUUACCUGAAGGAAUGGAAAAGUUUUCAGCAGGCGUUUAAAAGUUGAAACAGAAGGCGCAGGGCUAGAUCAAUGUUACUGGUUACAUGUUGUUGUAACAUAGAUUCUAUAUGAGAAACUGAGGCAUCCUCCUCCCAAUACCUACUACAGUGGUAAGGUAAAGGGACCCCUGACCAUUUGGUCCAGUUGUGACUGACUCUGGGGUUGCGGCGCUCAUCUCGCUUUAUUGGCCAAGGGAGCCAGCGUACAGCUUCCAAGUCAUGUGGCCAGCAUGACUAAGCGAACCAGAGCAGCGCACGGAAACGCUGUUUACCUUCCCGCCGGAGCGGUACCUAUUUAUCUACUUGCACUUUGACGUGCUUUUGAACUGCUAGGUUGGCAGGAGCAGGGACCGAGCAACGGGAGCUCACCCCGUCGCGGGGAUUCGAACUGCCGACCUUCUGAUUGGCAAGUCCUAGGCUCAGUGGUUUAACCCACGGAUUAAGUACUUAAUUUGUUCCGGAGGUCCGUUCUUAACCUGAAACUGUUCUUAACCUGAAGCACCACUUUAGCUAAUGGGGCCUCCUGCUGCUGCCGCGCUGCCGGAGCACAAUUUCUGUUCUCAUCCUGAAGCAAAGUUCUUAACCAGAGGUACUAUUUCUGGGUUAGCAGAGUCUGUAACCUGAAGCAUAUGUUACCUGAAACGUAUGUAACCCGAGGUACCACUGUACUUUUUUAUUUUAACAAUAACAAAAAAUAUUAACCAGAGAACCAGCUGAGUGUGCAAAGUCCAGAAAGCUGCUAAGAAUCUCUGCUUAGGCCCACAAUUCCAAUCUGUCUACCUACACAUACCUAUGUAUAAAUGUGCAUCAUUCCCCUUCUGCCUAUUGCUUUGUAAGUAUAAUUAGUCCAUCCCAAACACACUGCACAAGCUUAUCUCAUAAUUUCCUGCUUCUGGCAGAUGUUUACCUUCUGCCGAUGUCCCAGAACAUUCUUGGUUUUCUUAAAAGGCUGGCACUGACAAGUUAUGGAUUUUCAGGAAUAAUUCUAUUCUAAACAUCAUUGCCAAGAUGCCUUGCCCAGGGAAUACAAUUCAUAAUAUGCAUUUUCUCUCUCCUUGUGCUGACAGGUUUGGUUCCAGAACCGGCGAGCCAAGCAGCGAAAGCAGGAACGAGCGCUGCCCAAACCAGGCACCCCUGGUAUCCUCUGUCCCCUGCCUACACCCCUACCUCGACAGUACCAAUAUCCCCCCACUCUUGGGUCACAUCCUCACCUGCCUCGCUUUCCCUCCACCUACACUCUGCCACCCCCACCUCCCCCUGCUACUUCUGCCCAGUUUUCCUGUCCUGCCCCCCACCAACCUCAACCCUCCCAUGCUCACGAAGACUGGUACAGCCCUCUGCGCUCCACAGCUGCUCCGCCACCUCCUGUGCUCUCUCUGAGUCUCGACCCCAGCACCCACUGGAACUAA